AUGUUGAGAGGAUGGGGACUUAUGAGACGAAUGGGCACCACGGGGGGGGGCUAUUCCCGAGGAGCUAAGGGGAACUCCCUCUUUAAUGAUGAAUCUCUGAAAAAGGCAUUCGAAAGGAUAUCCGUCGGAUCGCCAUCACCGUCGUCAUCAUCGCUACCAUCGCCGCCAUCAUCAGUGGCCCCCCCGAGGGCAAAAAUAAAUAGCAUUCUGAACUUUUUACUUAGCUCCAACAUGUUGUAUGCCAAGUGGUCCAAGUUAGAAAUAAUUGACGAACUAUACAAACGGAGAGUUGACAAUAAGCUUUUAUUUCAUUUGAAUGCUUUGUAUGGGUUGGGUUCCAAGGGGUUACACUUAAGGAGGAAGGGGAUCAUAUCGCCGGUUCUGUUUCAACCCCUGCUGGAUUACAGCCAGUUUGUUUACAUCGUACAGGUGAUGAAAAUUGCAGACAGGGAGAGACAAGCUGGAACGCAGGAGCAAGCCGAUUUCGUUCGGAGCUUCUUCAGAGGGUAG